AUGGCCCUUACCCGCGACUUCGUUGCCUCCGUCAUGGAGCCGUACCUGGCCGGCGACUUUGAAGGCUUUGUCCGCCAAAAGUGCACACCUGACUUUACUUACGACCUCGUCCCUGGAGACAUUGCCUCCAAGCUUGGUCUCACCGGCCCCGCUCAGCAGCACGAGUUUGCUGGCAUCUUCAAGGGCCAUGACGCCGCUGUCAAGAUGAUCCUUGAAGGCUUGACUGGCCGUGAGGUCAAGGAUCUCAAGAUUGGCGCCAGAGUGCUCAAGACAGUAGUCGAUGUUGAGGACCGCAGCGCUGCCCUAGAGGUCGAGCUGUUUGGUGAUGCCAAGAGAACCGAUAAGCCCUUUAUUCUCGCCAACGCCAUCUUCUUGACGUUUGACGAGAACCUCAAGAUUACAUACUGGUCAGACCACCUUGACACAUUCACAUUGGCAAAACUUGCUGGCGUGGAAGAACUGGAGCCUGAGCUGCCCUGA